CCCAGCAAGAGUCAGCCGGCGCCUUGUGACCGCCAGGUGGCGCCUGCGCGCCUCAUUCGACUUCGAGCUGCCGAGGAGCGAACAACUCGAGCCGACCCUUAGCCGCCUCCGAGCCGCUUCUUGUUUAUUUUAUGACCGAGGACCUGGGAUUGGGCCUUACCGCUCAGCCGUCUCCCGCCUCGUAGCAGCACACGGAGCCUGUUCAGGGAUUACAACAGCCGGCGGGACGAGGCCCUCCCCCGGGAGGCGCGCUGUGCAGGAGCCGCGAUUCGCUGAUACAGCUGUCCAAUACUUCAGAUACUAGGUCUAUGAACCAAAUAUUCCAGGGGUAUUGGUUUAUCAGAAGAUGAUAAAGAAAUGAUAGCAGCUCCAGAAAUCCAAACUGACUUCAAUCUCCUCCAACCCCUGGAUCAUUCCCUCCAUGAUAUGGGCCCACUUUCCUGCAAUGCAGGACCCAGGGAGACAGAAACGCAUUUCUCAUCGGAUACAGACUUUGAUGACACUGAAGGAAAAAUCCCGAAGCAAGGCAAAGGAAAGAAAGGAAAAAAAGGUGCUGCAGAAAAGGGCAAAGGUGGUUUGAAGGCUGCUGGUGGCCCCAAUUGGAUGAAUGGACACCACCAACAAAAUGGAGUAGAGAAUAUGAUGCUUUUUGAAGUGGUUAAGAUGGGCAAAAGUGCAAUGCAGUCCGUGGUUGAUGAUUGGAUAGAAGCCUAUAAACACAACAAAGAUGUAGCACUUCUUGAUCUCAUAAACUUUUUCAUUCAGUGUUCAGGAUGUAAAGGUAUUGUCACUGGUGACAUGUUCCGGCAUAUGCAGAAUUCUGAAAUAAUUAGAAGAAUGACUGAAGAGUUUGAUGAGGACAGUGGAGAUUAUCCAUUAACAAUGGCAGGUCCACAAUGGAAGAAAUUUAAAUACAGCUUUUGCGAGUUUAUUGGUGUUUUGGUACGCCAAUGUCAGUACAGCAUUAUAUAUGAUGAGUAUAUGAUGGACACAGUCAUCUCUCUUCUCACUGGACUUUCUGACUCGCAAGUUCGAGCCUUUCGACAUACAAGUACAUUGGCAGCUAUGAAGUUGAUGACAGCCUUGGUUAAUGUCGCUCUUAACCUGAGCAUCAACAUGGACAAUACACAAAGGCAGUAUGAGGCGGAAAGGAACAAGAUAAUUGGGAAACGAGCAAAUGACAGAUUGGAGCUUUUACUACAGAAGCGAAAGGAGUUACAAGAAAACCAGGAUGAAAUCGAAAACAUGAUGAACGCAAUUUUUAAAGGUGUUUUUGUACACAGAUACAGAGAUGCUAUUGCUGAAAUCAGAGCAAUAUGCAUAGAGGAGAUUGGUGUUUGGAUGAAAAUGUAUAGUGACGCAUUCUUAAAUGACAGUUAUUUAAAAUAUGUUGGUUGGACGAUGCAUGACAAGCAAGGGGAGGUACGGCUGAAAUGUCUAACUGCUUUGCAAGGUCUAUAUUACAACAGAGAGUUGAAUUCCAAAUUAGAGUUGUUCACAAGUCGUUUCAAGGAUAGAAUUGUGUCCAUGACUCUUGACAAGGAAUAUGAUGUGGCAGUACAGGCAAUAAAGCUCCUAACUCUGGUUUUACAAAGUAGUGAUGAAGUUCUUACUGCUGAAGACUGUGAAAAUGUUUACCAUCUGGUGUAUUCUGCCCAUCGACCGGUAGCUGUUGCAGCUGGGGAGUUUUUGUACAAAAAACUGUUCAGCUGUCGAGAUCCUGAAGAUGAUGGCAUUAUGAAGCGAAGAGGGAGGCUUAGCCCAAAUGCCAACCUUGUGAAGACUUUGGUGUUUUUCUUUUUGGAGAGUGAGUUGCAUGAACAUGCUGCAUACCUUGUAGACAGUAUGUGGGACUGUGCUACAGAAUUGCUGAAGGAUUGGGAGUGUAUGAAUAGUUUGCUGUUGGACGAUCCUCUGAAUGGCGAGGAGGCACUAACAGAUCGCCAGGAAAGUGCACUCAUUGAAAUUAUGCUCUGUACAAUCCGACAAGCUGCUGAAUGCCAUCCGCCUGUUGGCAGAGGAACGGGAAAAAGGGUACUGACUGCUAAAGAAAAGAAAGCCCAGCUGGAUGACAAAACAAGACUUACAGAGCUCUUUGCGGUAUCUCUUCCUCAGCUGUUAGCAAAAUAUUCUGUUGAUGCAGAGAAGGUGACAAAUCUUCUGCAGUUGCCACAGUAUUUCGACUUGGAAAUCUACACAACUGGGAGGCUAGAAAAGCAUUUAGAAGCAUUACUACGUCAGAUAAGGAACAUUGUAGAAAAACAUACGGACACAGAUGUCUUGGAAGCAUGUUCUAAAACCUAUCAUGCACUCUGUAAUGAGGAGUUCACAAUAUUUAAUAGAGUGGACAUUGCAAAGAGUCAGUUAAUUGAUGAACUAGCAGAUAAGUUCAAUCGCCUUCUUGAAGACUUUCUGCAAGAGGAAGAAGAACCAGAUGAGGAUGAUGCAUACCAAGUCCUUUCGACACUAAAGAGAAUAACUGCUUUCCACAAUGCACAUGAUCUCUCAAGGUGGGAUUUGUUCAGCAGCAAUUAUAAGCUAUUGAAAACUGGUAUUGAAAAUGGAGAUAUGCCAGAGCAGAUCGUCGUUCACGCUUUACAGUGUACCCAUUAUGUCAUUCUGUGGCAACUGGCAAAGAUAUCAGAGUCUGGCUCAACUAAGGAACAAUUGAUAACAUUAAAGAGACAAAUGAGGGUGUUUUGCCAAAUAUGUCAGCAUUACCUUACCAAUGUGCACACUGCUGUGAAAGAACAGGCAUUCACUAUUCUCUGUGAUGUGCUAAUGAUCUUCAGCCAUCAGAUUGUAGUUGGGAGCCGUGAAGUAUUGGAGCCACUUGUGUAUUCCCCAGAUUCCUCGUUGCAGUCAGAGCUGCUAAGCUUUAUUUUGGAUCAUGUCUUCAUUGACCAGGAUGAUGACAACAGCAGUUCAGAUGGUCAACAAGAUGAUGAAGCCAGCAAAAUUGAAGCAUUGCACAAAAGAAGAAAUUUACUUGCCGCUUUCUGCAAGCUCAUAGUAUAUAAUGUGGUUGAAAUGAAUUCUGCUGCAGAUAUCUUCAAACAGUAUAUGAGGUAUUACAACGACUAUGGGGAUAUCAUCAAAGAAACCAUGAGUAAAACCCGACAGAUUGACAAAAUCCAGUGUGCGAAGACGCUCAUUCUUAGUUUACAACAGCUUUUCAAUGAGAUGAUCCAGGAGCAUGGCUAUAACUUUGACCGAUCAUCGCCAACGUUCAGCGGCAUAAAAGAACUUGCAAGGCGCUUUGCAUUAACAUUUGGACUUGAUCAGCUGAAAACCAGAGAAGCCAUUGCAAUGUUGCACAAAGAUGGUAUAGAAUUUGCCUUCAAAGAGCCAAGCCCACAAGGUGAAGUCCAUCCACCUCUAAAUAUGGCUUUCCUUGACAUACUGAGUGAAUUCUCAUCUAAACUGCUUCGACAGGACAAAAAAACAGUAUACGCAUACCUUGAGAAAUUCAUGACCUUUCAAAUGUCUCUCCGAAGAGAAGAUGUCUGGCUUCCACUCAUGUCUUAUAGAAAUUCUUUAUUAGCUGGGGGGGAUGACGAUACGAUGUCAGUUAUGAGUGGAAUGAGUGGCCGAGGGUCUUCAAUGAGGAGUAAAAAAACAAAACCAGCAACAGGAAAGCGGAAACUGCCAGAAGCUGAAGAGAGUAGUAGCAGUGACAGUAUGUGGCUAAACCGGGAGCAAACAAUGAAUACUCCAGUCAUGAUGCAAACACCUCAGCUAACAUCCACCAUCAUGAGAGAACCUAAGAGGUUACGGCCGGAAGAAAGUUACAUGCCUGUCUACCCAAUGCAGCCUGAACACCAUCAGUCUCCCCUUGUUUAUAAUACACAGGUAACGUGGAUGCUUGCUCAGCGACAGCAGGAAGAGGUAGCAAGGCAGCAGCAAGAGAGAGCCGCCAUGAAUUAUGUGAAGCUGAGGACUAAUCUGCAACAAACCAUACGGCGUAACCCAGGGCUGAUGGAAGAUGAUGAAGAGCCAAUUGUUGAAGAUGUAAUGAUGUCAUCGGAUGGGCGAAUUGAAGAUCUUAAUGAAGGCAUGGAUUUUGACACAAUGGAUAUAGACUUACCUCCAUCUAAAAACAGGCGAGAAAGAACAGAACUUAAACCCGAUUUCUUCGAUCCUGCUUCAAUCAUGGAUGAAUCUGUUCUUGGGGUAUCAAUGUUUUAAUACCAGUUCAUCUAUCAACUCUGUGGUGAAGUUUUUUUUGUAAUGGAAGAGGAAGUUUUUAAUGACAAAUUUGUGGUAGUUACAUUGAAAUUCUGUACAGAAUUUUCUCUAAGGAGAGUUUGAUAUGCUUACCAAGAUUAAGUGCAUUGAGGGGCAGUUUUGAAUGCCUGAAAAACUAUAAAGGACAAGUAAACAGUUUGGAAAUAAGCUAUGUUGUAUUAUUUUUGGAGAAAUCCCUUUAUUUAUGUAGUUUAGUUUUUCCAAUGCCCACAAAGAUUUUCUUUUAUUCUAAAUAAUUUUUACAUCUGUGAACAGUGUUGGCUUUGUUAACACUGGGGGAACUCUGAUUGUAACGUUAUUCAUUUACAGGCUGGUAUGGUUAUAUAUUAGUUUCCAAUAUCUUCCAAAAUUUGUAAAAUCAUUUUUUUUUUUAAAUAAAUAAAUUAUGUUGUAAUCAGUCUCCAAAAAGUUACAACCAGCUUUUGGGUGUGUGUUUUUUUUUUUCUUCUCCCCAUUUAAAGGAGCCUUUUUCAGACACCUCUUCUGAAGGUUAACUGCUCAAGGGUUUCCAGACGUGACCAUGCUUCCUCAUUAAUCACCCUAAAAGUUUGCUUGUCCUUUAAGAAACAUGUAAUGUUGUGGAAUUCCUUCCAGUAGUGCCACUGUAUUUUGUCUCCAAAUAAAGACGCUUAUUGUAGUAUGUUUGCAGAAAAAAUUUAAACAGAAAUUAUACAGCUUAUUAGAGUGUGGGAAUAGGGUUCUAAAUUUUAAAUAAAAAUGAUAUAUAUAUAUAAAUUGGUGCUGAUUUUAUAAUUGCGCAGUUUGUUUAGUUUUUUUCUUACUUUUAAAUUCCAAGUUAAAAUGAGGUUUCAGAAAUAUAUUGAAAGUUUUAACAAUGUUUAAAAAUAGUUGAAGCGUGAUUUCUCGCUUUAAAAUAAUUUUUAAAUUUGUAUUUUAUAUUUGUUUUAUCUAUUUGUCUUUGCAAGCAGUCUUCAGGUUAAAUAUACUUCCAGCAGGUUACAAAACAUUUCCUCCAUUUUAGUUGAAAAACUAGAUAACUCCUAAUCACUUGGCUUUAUUGUAGAAAAGCUUUGUUGCUCACUUCAUACUUCGUUCACAUCUAACAGUCAAAAAUUGCCAUCUGACAUCAAUCCAUUUUCCCAGCUUAGGCAGCUAGACAUUAACAUAAAUUAACUUAUAUUUCAUGUGUAUAUUUUUUUGUCAGUUGUCUUUCAUUUUUCUGAGGUUUAAAGUCAUUCCAUGCCUUAUGCUUGCAAUACACAAACUUCUCUUGUGUAAAAAUAAUAAUUACAAAAAAAUAAAGUAUGUAACAAUCCUGUUUAGGCUGAGGUAGCCAAAAACCAUAAGUUAACCAGAGAAUUAUAGAAUAUAAUUUUUUUGAACCUCAUAGUCCUAACACACAGAAUAUGGAUACAUCUGACUCAUGUUGCAUAAAACUCGUGUCUGAAAUGACUGCCUAUCCUUCCUUCACACCACUGCAUUUAUUAGAACUGCUGAAAGGACUGUGUAUAUAUCAUUUUAAACUUGUCGAUUUCUUUCUUACUCUAGACAGAGUAUAUCUUUGUGAAAGCAGUUCUUACAGCUUUGUUUUCAACCAGCUAAAAUGUUUUAUAUAUUUACCUAACCUGUUGUCCUCCACAUUCUAUUGUCCUCUGUACUGUUUUCUGAUUUGUAUUUAUGUCUUGAGACAGUAACUUUUUGAAUAAAAUAAAAUCUACAGUA